AUGUUUGUGCCAAGACUUGAAUACAAUGAUGAUAUGUACCAAGAUGGUGAAGACAGGGGAAGAUUCUUUCGGUUUGUUUACAAUUCUUUGUUGUUGCAUGAGGCUCCGGUUCUAGAAAGUAUGUGUUUAAAACUUGGUCAGAAGAUUGGUGCUAUAGAUAUUGGAGUAUGUGUUGGACCUGCUGUUAAUCGCAGAGCGCGUGAGCUGAUUAUCGAGAUUGAUGCUUCGAUUACUGAAAUUCCAGUUACGCUUCCAAGGAGUCUGUAUACAGACUGUAGAAUGCUUGUGAGUUUGGUGCUAAACAAUGCGGUUAUCGUGGAUUCUCGUACCCCGAUUUCUUUCCCAUCCCUCAAAACUCUGAAACUUACAUCGAUGAAGUACCCUGGAGAUGACUUUUUCUACAAGAUUUUAUCUAGUUGUCCUGUUCUUGAAGACUUGUUUGUUGAAAAAUGCAUUGAUGAUAAUGUAGCCUUUUUGGUAGUUAGAGUUUCUUCUUUAAAGGUUUUAUCCUUGCUUACAUCAUCGGGCUUUAGCGUUUUAGGGUAUGUCAACUAA